UUUUGUUUUUUUUUAAUGUAAUAAUUCAUAAAACUACAUGGCAUAUAUUAAAAUAGUGGAAAAAUUGAGCCAUAAUAUAAAACGUUAUAAACGUUGUUGUGUCAUGUUCUGUACAUCUAAGGUCAGCUCAGGGUAUUUCCCAGUUUGUAGAAUCGUGUAGUAAGUGCACAGGCACACAAAAACACAAUUGCUCUACCGCGUAUCCAGAAAAGCCAUUUACGUCAUUAAUAUUCAGAUUAAUACAAUUCUUUCAUUGUCUCCCUACUCCCGUUGUUUUUUUGUUUUUUUUUUGUUGUUUUAUUAAUUUCCCAGUAAUGACUGUUAAUUAAGUUAUGGAUUAGGGAAAUUAACGUCUUGAGUAAAAAAAUAAUAUUUUGAUGAGUGUAAAAAUAUCUAAUGUAAACAGCAUGCAAUGUAAUAUAAAUACCCUAAUAUACACCUGCUAUAAAUAGACACGUUCAUAAUUGGGAAUUUAUACAGCUGACUCAUAAUGUAGCUCUUUUUGAAAACACGUAUACGUUGUAUGUAUAUUUUGUCUUAUUGUUUGAUCACUUUAAGUCUUUUUAGUUUCAGUCACUAUUUGCAAAGAGCAGAUAUGUAAAUAGGCACGUAUAUUUUUUUUUUUUAUCACAUGCUAAAUAAAAAUAUAACACACCUGAUAACAACAUCUUCGUGGGAAGCAAACUUUUCCAGAACACAGUGCUCUCUGUGUGUGCUUCAACGUCACUUCCUAAGACAAAUGCUUGCCUCCUGUUGUGUUGGUUGCUGUGGUAACAGGGCUACAACCGUCUGCUAGGCACUAAACCUGUUUCUGUAAACCUCUGUCACGCCAAUAUAUAACAUUGUUCAGAUAUUUUUUCCUACACCGUUUUAAAACUAGUCAGAUUAGUAACUAAACAACACGUAUGUAACGGUUAAAUCACUUGCAAUUGUGGUAGAGCGGGCUGCCUUUAUAUGAGCGUGGGUACCUGAGAAGGAUGAGUGAUCUUCGUCUUGACGAGUGAGUUUUAUUAAAUCCCAGUUUCAAAAUAUGAUGGAUUCCCAGAAUAAAAGAGACGUGAACCUUGAAGUCGAUGCAAAAACUGAGAAAGAUGAAGUGAUGGAAUUGAAUGAGUCCGAUAGAAAAUAUGUUGAUGCGCUUUUAGAUUUCAGCGAAGAACGGAGUAGGAGGGAUGAAGAUCCUUUUGAGUGUUACGUUCAAUCAGGCUGGGGAGAUGUGACUCAAGGCUGGGGGAUGUCCUCUCCAUUUGCUGGUUUCCAAAUUCAGAAAAAAAGCAGGAAAUCCAAGCAGGCAGAUACAGGGUACCACUGCUUGCUUUGCUUAGAUGCUGUGCAACAACUGUCAGAACAAAAUUCUCCUAAAGGAGCUAGUACAGCUUUAGAAUCUUCCAAACCAGCCUGGCGUUCAGCUGACAAUGCUCCAACUGAAAGCCUCCUUGCACCUGUAAUUUAUCGAAGCAGAUCAUAUGCCGCUUCUACUCCAAUUAGAGGCAACUCCAAUUUAAAAACAAAUUCUAUGAACCAGUUACUGUCUAUGCAAGCAAAAGAACAAUCUCAAUUAUGCAAAGGAAAAUCAGAAGACGUUGAAGUGAGUGCACCUGAAGAAACUGCAAACAAUUUAAAUGACAAGCUUGUACGAUGCCAGUCAACUAAAGAGGCCGGCCGCUCGGAAGCUCUAGUUAUCAACAGUUUUGCUGUCAUACCAUCUGUGAAACCAGCUAGUCCCAGUUAUCAAAGGCUACUCUCUUCAGCAAAAAAACGUGAGAUUAUAGUCUCUCCUAGCUCUGCAAACAGUAGAACAGCUAGUAGAUCAGAUAGAACACUCAAGGCAGAGGAGAGAAUAGCUGACACACCCAGUACAGAAAAGGACUUGAAUCAGCCCGAGGACGGGGAGAUUUCAGUUGUCACUCUUGUGCCGAGGGACCAUGCUCAGUCUGAACCUGGGCUUUGGCACUGGCAAUCUCCCUACAUUCCAAGUAAACAAAUUCUGACUGCUUACGGGAUUCAUACCUCCAAGAAAACUGAGGUCUCGACUGUGAUUCUGCAUGGGCGGGGUACACAGAGCAGUGGAAGGAAUCUUAAGCAAGAAGAUUUAAGUGCAGUGACUUUUAAUAAGAAUGGCCAGAACCACAAACUUUUGUUUGGGCUGAAGCCCAAAAAUAUAAUCAAAGGAACCGAUCGACCAUCGCAACAGGCGUUGCCAUUACUAUCAGGAACUAGAGUUUCGAUACCUGUAUCAUCUCAUCGACUGCUGUGAUCUUUGUUAAUGUGGCACUGGAGCUAGGCACUAACACAGUAUUUUGUGAUUAAGGAUUAACAUUGUUUUAAGAUAACUGCACCUGAAAUAACUGGUAAUGCAGAUAAUUAGAUUUGUAUAAGAAACUAUAGUAUUGCUUUGUUAAGACUGCUUUCAAACUCCAACCACUCUUUAUAAACAAAGUAAAAUUAGGUAAUAUCAAACCUUUAACUAAUUUAAUUAAAUGAAACCUGCUUCAGUUAACAACUGCAGAUGUAAGUGCAACCAGUCUUUAGAUAAUUGAAAUGUGCCUUUUUUUUCCUUUUUUUUUUACCAAGGUUGUACAAAUCAAAUCAAACACUAAAUAUAAUUCUAUUUAGUGUGUUUCUGUCUGUAAAACUAAUCCUAUUUGAAUGAUUUAGGAGACAGCUGUAUUUGAUCCGUUACCGUUUAAAAUCAAUCGAAUAAACCCAAAUGUGUUGGAAGUAAGAAUAACAUUAUACUGGUAAACAAAGAAAACUGUUGCAUCGGUCUAUUUCAAGAGCUGUGGUUAAUUUCCAGAUAUCUGAACAUGUAUUAAAGUGGUGUUUAUAUGUGGCACAGUAUAUAUAAUGCUGCUUUACACACUGUCAUCUUGUAACACCACUAUCAGUGAUACAUAAGCUUUGAGCUGUAGGACGCUAUCCGGAAAUACUAUAGCAAUGACACACUUCAUGAACAUUUGAUGAAGAGCUUAAGUACCCAUUUGUAAUGUCAGAAUAGUAUUGUACAUGUCAGUUUAACACUUAUGUUUUUACAUUGUCAAGGUAAGGAACUACUGCCCAUGAAUACUUUCCUCUUGUAACGGGUUUGGCUCAAGAUAUAAUGCAUUUGUAACCCCAAAUACAUUUUAUUAAAAUAAUCUUGUUUUUUAAAAGUGUAUUCAUGCUACAAGUAUCAAUAAUGUUUAGUGUAUCAAAGAUACUACCAGUAAAGGCAUUUUCUAGUGGUGAA